AUGGCAGCAGAAAUUUCUAUUCCGGAAUCAUACAAGACCUCCGCCGAGAGCGAGAUCCGGGUAACUAAUUAUCCCGAAUCUGCUACGCAGAGCGUGACUCCCAUCAUCAUCGCUACUCUCAACCGCCCCAGCAAGCUCAAUGCGAUUACAGGUCGCAUGAUUACUGAUCUCAUCACCUUAUUCGAAACCGUCACUGUUGAUGAUCGUGUCAAAGCUGUCAUUGUCACAGGCGCCGGCAAAGCGUUUAGCGCCGGCAUCGAUCUCAGCAUGGAUACUACUAAGCUCAAGGACGAGGCCACAGGGCAGAUGAGAGACCCCGGCGGUACUCUUGCGCUGGCCAUGUUCAACUGCAGCAAGCCUGUUAUUGUCGCUUACAAUGGCCUGUCUGUGGGCAUUGGCAUGACCUCUACCCUAGCGGCCGCUAUCCGAAUAUUUGCUGACCAUAUAAAUCCCCCCCCUUCUAGCAUUGCGCCUCGUACAGGCGCAGAGUUUGGCUUUCCGUUUGCCCGGAUCGGCCUUACAAUGGAGUCUUGCAGCUCCUUCUUCCUACCUCGCAUGGUCGGAUAUAGCAAUGCAACAUAUCUAUUGACAACUGGAAAGAGAUAUCCAGCCGACUCUAGUGUACUCAACGGGGUCUUUGCAGAGUUGGUGGACACACCCAAGGAUGUGUUACCGCGUGCUAUCGCGCUGGCUGAGGACAUCAUCACCAACGUGAGCCCCAUGGCCGCGUAUCUAAACCGACAGCUUAUUUGGCGAAACGCCGGGUCAGCUGAGGGGGCUCAUUUGGUGGACAGCCCGCUUCUUUACGACAUGUUUGCUGGCAGUGACCAUCUGGCAUUCAAGUCGUCAUUCUUUAAUAAAAGAAAGCCCGAAUUCAAUGCAACGCUAUCCAAGGACGCACCUAGGACGUACCCGUGGUGGAAAACACUCUCGGUUGGAGUAUUGCCCAAGGCUAGGGUAGAGGCAAGGGACAACAGUAAACUCUGA